AGUGUUCCGGGAACGAAGCGAAAGCCACUAAAUGUAGGGAUCUAACUAGAGAGCUGCUCAUGUUGAUGAAAAAAUUUAUAAGAAUAAAACUGUUAUUUUGAUUCAUUCGCGUGAUUGUUGUUGCAUAUGAAACGCCAAUACACUUACUCAAUAAUAGGCCAUUAAUCAAUAAAAGAAAAAAAUCGUUUAUCCCGUAAGAAUUACUUGCCUCACGCUCCGUGGUAAAAUCGUUUCAGCGAGUGUAGUAAGCACGCAUAAAAAAAGAAAAAUAUUUAUGAGCGAAGCUACGAACAUCAUGACAUAUCUUACUAAAGUCGACGUAAAAUCAUUAAAAUAUUUAGAACAAAUCUUCGUCAUUUGAGAGUAGAAAGAAACCAAACGAUAGAACAAAAGAUGUCCAGGUCGAAAGGCGCGAGUAGCGCCAACGAACGGCGGCCGAGAUCCACGACUCCAGCAACAAGUGCAGCAACGUCAUCGCCACGAGCCGAGGAGGCGUCUAGCGCAACUGACAGCCCAAAGCGAGCAACAGCGAUUGUCUACGAUAUCGUUGCUUGCCAAAGCGGGCGAUAACGACAAGAGUUGCAUCGAUAAAAUCAACAUUAACAGAGGCAAGGACGAUUCAAUUUGGAGCAACGAGCCGAAGAACGUCGACGAUGGAACGACGAGCCUGAAGAACAGCAGGCCCGGUAAGAGUAAAAUCGACGGCAAAGUUGAGGAAGAAGGCGAUGCGAUGCAUGCCCGAUUGGACUGGAAACUCGCGCUCAUCUACACGCUGCUGGUACUGCAAGUGCUAGUCUUCAUGAUUUACGUCGCCUCGACGCCCCACGAGGAUGAGUCGAGCGCGACGUCGUCGAGUUCGGCGCACAAGGACAGCGUCAGCUUCGUGGAUUUGCAUUCUCGUCACGCGAGCAACGCCAGCAGAGGCAAGAGCUCCGCUGGCGGGGAGCCGCAUCGGCUCGGCAUUAUCCAGGCCGAGACUUGGCUGCGGGACGCGCGCACAUCGACCAUGUUCAAGAGCUUCAACGGUACCUUCUGCUGGGACAAGGGGGUCAAUCAGGUGCUCAUGCAGCGCGGCGGCUCGCAGCAGCGAUGCAUCUGCGACUCCGGUUGGCACGGCGUCGACUGCGGCCAACCCGAGGUCGUUUGGCGCGCCAUCAUGGCUUCCAAACAAAUGGCCAAACUGCGCCGUCGCAAGUACGCGCGUCGCAUUCUCCACAUCUUCCAGGUCGACGAUCACAACUCAGCCCUCGCCGAGGUAAUAGUCGAGGAGCUUUACCCGGUCGUUGAUAUCUUCGUCGUCUGCGACACGAGCACCGCCGAGGACAAUUUCCGACACAAGCUCGUCAAAGGUUUUCUCGCCAAGCAGCAAGACAAAAUUCUCUACGUAAACGUAGGCAGCAAGUCGCUCGAGUCACCUCGAGUCCUGGCCAAGUACGUUUGGGAGCGAGUGAAGAAGUCGGUGCGCAACAUCCGCGACGACGACAUCUACGUGACAACCGAUCCCGAACAGAUUCUCAAUUCCAGGGCACUGAUGUUUCUCAAGCUCUACGACGGCUGGCCUCAGCCAAUAGGCUUUCGACUGCGCUGGUGCAUCUUCGGCUUCUUUUGGCAGCACCCGCAAAGGACGAGCAUCGCCCUCGGAGCCAGCACCGUAGGAUUGAUGCGCGAGCUGCAAAAUCGAACGCCCACGACGGUGGCGACGAGCCAACAGCAGCAACAGCAGCAGCAGCAGCAGAUCGACACCAACGAGAUACCGCAGGAACGCGAGCACUUGGGACUGGUGAUCGGCGAUCUCAAUCACUACGGCGGCUGGUACUGCCAGUUCUGCCAGGGUCCGGCAAACGUCAUCUCGGCUCUGCGUCAGAAGAGCAGUGCCAAGAUUCGCGAAUUGCUCAAGCUCCAAGUCGAUCCUAGUGCUAUAGACGUGUCCUUCGUCGAGGAACUCAUCGGCAGCGGCAUGUGGUUCGACGAAAAAACCAAUCUGCUCAGAGCUUCGAGAUCGAGGGAGUCCUAUUAUGCGCCCGAAACCGUUAUGAACCAGACCUGGAAGUACGACUGGCUCGUCGAAAAUUUCUAUGCCAAGUUGGAUUAUUACUAAAGAAUAAUUAUAUAAAACGACGCGCUAUCCUCGACUGUGAUAUUUAACGAACAAAAUUAUAAUGGGAUUAACAAAUUAAAACGAGAAAAAACAACAACUACAAGCUGUUAUUAUGCCGAGUAUGAUAUGUAACUUUUAAUCCUGUCAGUGUGUGUGAACGUUCAAACUGUCAUUUCAAAUCGAAAAGCACAAUUUACCAUUUUAGCGUAAUUAUAAAGCAAAAUUUAAAAAAAAAUGCCUCACAUAUGUGUAUGCUUACAUACAUCUAUAUGUAAAUGCAUACAUGUGUAUCUACCAUGUAAUAACAAGUCUGAUUGAUUAUGUACAACGCAAGAAAGUAUGUACAUUACGUACUUUCGAGUUUUGUCAGCCAAAGGAUUAUGUCUAAAAAUAUGUAACAAUGCUACACCAUGAUCCUUCCUCUUUAUUAAAUAGCGUCAUUAAACCUGUUGAUCUUGUUUGUUUAAUUCUAUGCGAUACCAGGUGGCUAAUACAAGAGCUUUGUCUCAUUUUGAGUCUGUAUAUAUUAUAUACAUGUACACAUUGAUAGUAUGACUGUUGUGCUUUCUUGAUUAUUCAAGAUGAAAGUUAAAACAUAUAUUAUAUUAAUAUACCCCUUGUAUCGCAUUCAAAAGUAUUCCUUAACCAAUAAGACUGUAUUUAUUGUUUCAUAUUUAUAAGAGAUAUAAUUCAUUUAAUAAAAGUUGAAAAGAACUAAU